UAUAAAAUGUUGACACGAAGAAAUAGAGACUGUAAUAUAAUAGCACUUUCAGAACAUUGUCUCGCAAGAGAUAUUUUUAUUGAGACCGUAUCUAAAGAUCUCGGAAACCUUUCCCGAGACCCUUAAUCGAAGACAAUGCACACUCUUCCCUUGUCGUUUGCACUCUUAACGUAUACCGGCUAUUGGCGACCCAUUGGUUUAACAUCCAUUAAAUAUUGGGCGUACAUCGUUUACUCCAUCAUUAUGAAUUUCCUGCUUUACUCAUACGCGUUUUGUGGUUUAGUCGAUUGCUUCAUUUUCAAAGAUCUUGAAACGUUUAUCGAGAAAUUCUCGCUAUGUGUAUCCGUAGUUAGCGUUAGCUUCAAAGUGCUGAAUCUGGUAGUAAAUCGGGAUAAAAUUGUUAGUCUCACUGACAUGUUGCUCGACAAGGUCUGCAUACCCAGAAACGAUCACGAGAUGAAUAUUCGGCGACGCUUUGAUCACAAUGCAAAGUGCAUUAAGGCUAAGGAACGACAACUCAUUCGCGAAUUCAUCUAUCAUCAUCGCUACGUGUAUAGACUUGCGGAGCGUGUAAAUACGGUGUUCACGGUAAUGAUUUUCAUGCAAUUCACCGUCAGCUCGAUAGUGCUUUGUCUUACCAUCUACAAAAUGUUAAUGAAGAACUUGUUGAGCGCCGAAUUCGUGUGGAUCUCGACGUAUCUUGGUUGCAUGCUUGGGCAGAUUUUCUUGUAUUGCUGGUUCAGUAACGAAGUGACACUGAAAAGCACUGAAGUCGGAAACGCCGUUUACGAAAUGGACUGGACGAUGCUUCCCAAUGAGUUAAUGAAGAGCCUUUUGGUGAUAAUUAUACGAUCUAAAAAACCAAUUGUGAUUACUAGUGGGCACAUAGUUACCUUAUCCAAUGAAUCAUUUAUGAAGGUCAUCAAAGUAUCUUAUUCGGCAUUCAACGUUCUUCAAGGUUCUUAGCCGUUUUUUUUUGCGGACAUUAUUUAGUUGAUCAACAAAUGCAGCAGAAUGAAUUCGUAAUUGUUUAUGUAAAUAUGAUAAGCAGUUAGAUAAUCGGAAGUAAUCGCGGACAAUCCCGCCGUCAUCGGAAAUGACACAUAGCUCGUCAAUGAUAAAUAUAUUUCUGCUUGUACGUUAUGACGUUAUAUCUCGGCAAAAGCCUGCCUCAAUGAUCCUGCACUUAGCAUCUUUAAAAAUAAAACAAAAAAUCACAAAA